ACUGUCCUCGCUCGAGUCCAACGCCCAACGGACUAGUCAAGUCUCUAGUCUUCCUUCCACUCGCUUUCUCCUCGCCGGCGCCAAACAGAGAACGUGAGGCCAGCGAGCUCCUACGGCACAGCGAAGAACUCUCACCCCCCUCGCCGUGGUACCACGGCGGGCCCACCAGAUAGGGAUUUGAGGAGGUUCGGCACGCAACCGUUUCGAAUUUUUGGGUGGAUUCAUCAGCUAGAGGAACCGUCAAGGUUGCCCUUGUCAUUCCGGGAAUCCGGGUUAGUUCUGUGAACUGAGGGCUUCUGGAGUGAUAAAGAUCCAGAAGGCUUCGUGCUGGAUUGAUGGUUGGCUGACUGCGGUGGUUGUUGCAUAUCCUAGAAGCACUAAAAACAUGUCCGGUGAGGAGAAAGAUGAUGUCCCUAUGCUCCAAAGAGCUUUGGAGUUACAGAGACUUCCUGCUAGAAGUUCAUCAAUGUGUAUACCAGUCAGAGAUGGUACAUAUGAAGACUCGUUCAUAUCCCAUACUGGUCCUCUGUUCGUUCGGAGACCAACUCAAUUUGCAUCCAUGGGCAUUCCAUCAGGAAGCAGAGAUGUGCCAGACAAGAUAUCGUGGCCUUUCCAGGGUAAGCAAGGAAAGAAGACAAAUGCUGUCAUGCCCGCAGAUAUUGGAACGAGUGACUAUUGUGAUGGUAGGCAUGCACCAAAGAAUGAACACUUGAUGAUGUCUGGACCUCUGGGACAGUGUGAUGAUCCUGAUUGUGUACAUUGCCCUCCUGCCUGUAAAAACAAAAGGCAUUUCCAGAGAACUUCAGCUCCUUUUGAUAAUAAGUUUCACAAAAUUCUGUAUGGUUUUGGUGGAUGGAGGACAAAAAUUGGGCGUUCCCUUUCAUAUAUCCCAGUUGUGAAUCCACAUGCUAAGGCUGUUCAUCGAUGGAACCAGUUUUUUGUGAUAUCAUGCUUGCUUGCCAUUUUCACCGACCCUCUGUUUUUCUUCCUAUUGUCCGUGGAUAAGGAUAACAAGUGCAUAGUGUUCAACUGGAAUUUUGCGAGAGCAUUAGCUGUCGCAAGAACUGUGACUGAUGUCAUUUAUCUUCUUCACAUGCUUCUUCAGUUUAGGCUGGCCUAUGUAGCUCCAGAGUCCAGAGUAGUGGGAACUGGAGAUUUAGUUGACGAGCCUAAAAAAAUUGCUAUGCGCUAUCUUCGUGGGUUUCUUGCAUUCGACUUAUUCGUUGUGCUUCCACUCCCUCAGGUGAUGAUAUUGCGAGUUAUCCCUAAGUAUGUGGGGGUAUCAAGCGCAAAUUACGCAAAGAAUUUGUUGCGUGCCACAGUUCUUCUUCAGUAUGCCCCACGUAUUAUCAGAUUUGUGCCAUUGCUUGGUGUUCAAUCUGCCAAUGGAUUCAUUUUUGAAUCAGCAUGGGCAAACUUUGUAAUUAAUCUUCUAAUGUUUGUUUUAGCCGGGCAUGUUGUUGGUUCAUGUUGGUACCUCUUUGGGCUACAGAGGGUUAAUCAAUGUCUACAGAAUGUCUGUGUUGGGUUGAGCAUAACAUCAUGUGCUGAGUUCAUAGAUUGCGGAAAUGGCAUUGCUGAGCAGGGCAGACAAAAGAGGCACAUGUGGUUCCACAAGUUCAACGACUCAGCCUCAGUAGAGUGUUUCGAUACUGCAAAUGGUUCUUUUAAGUAUGGGAUCUAUCAACAGGCAGUUUUGCUAACUGCAGAACCUGCCGUUAAGCGCUAUAUAUAUUCAUUAUUUUGGGGAUUUCAGCAAAUAAGUACUUUAGCUGGCAAUUUGGUCCCAAGUUACUUUGCAUGGGAAGUUAUAUUCACUAUGGCUAUUAUUGGACUGGGGUUGUUGCUUUUUGCAUUACUUAUUGGGCAUAUGCAGAACUUUCUCCAAGCUCUUGGAAGAAGGAGACUGGAAAUGCAACUUAGAAGGCGUGAUGUUGAACAAUGGAUGAGCCACAGGCGACUGCCAGAACAUUUGAGAAGGUUUUGCAUCCUAGGAAUCAAAUCUGAGAAACCAACUUUGUUUCCAUGUUUUCCUUUUGAACACUGGAGGGUUAGAGAUGCAGAGAGGUUUAGUUGGGUGGCUACGAGAGGAGUGAAUGAAGAAGAGCUUUUGAGUAAUCUACCAGAAGAUAUUCAAAGGGCUAUACGCCGCCAUUUUUUUAGGUUCCUCGACAAGGUCCGCUUAUUCAAUCUGAUGAUGGAUUGUGCAAUCUGGGAUGCUAUCUGUGAUAAGUUAAAGCAGAACUUGUAUAUUAGAGGAAGCGACAUUCUUUAUCAGGGUGGCCCUGUGGAAAAGAUGGUCUUUAUAGUGAGGGGUAAACUGGAAAGCAUCAGUGCUGAUGGGACCAAGUCUCCACUGCAUGAAGGAGAUGUAUGUGGUGAGGAGCUCCUUACUUGGUACUUGGAGCAGCAGUCUUCAGCGACUAGAGAUGGUGGGAAGGUGAAGGUCUAUGGCAUGCGACCGGUGGCCAUACGUACUGUCAGAUGUGUAUCAAAUGUUGAAGCUUUUGUGCUACGGGCAAGUGAUUUGGAAGAAGUAACUUCUCAAUUUUCAAGAUUCUUGCGCAAUCCUCGGGUGCUUGGUGCAAUUAGGUACGAAUCACCAUACUGGAGGACUAUCGCGGCGAGCCGCAUCCAGGUCGCUUGGAGGUACCGGAAAAGGCGGCUGAAGAGAGCAGAGGUGUCGAGGUCGCAGCAGCCAUCGUAUGGCUUAUAUUCCAAUGUACAGCUGUGAGGUCCGGCAAAGGGACCUCUCAUGGUACCCUUUGCCCUUUGGUAUAUGCAAUCGGCUUAUAUAUAGUUUUCUGAAUAUGUAGGUAAGCUGUAGGAUGUACUCCUUUGAUAUGGCAGUGGCACCACUUCCAUGUUGGUGCCAUAGGUUUCUGGUACCAUCUCGAAUUUUACCACAGCAGCAGUGCAGCACUGCUUUGAGCACCUCUGGACUCCGGUAUAUGAUAACGAUAACGAGAUAUAAAUGCUCCGCUGUUGUAAAGUGUUACUUACAACUGCCACGGUAUAAAUGUCCCAUUUUACCAGACUUGCUACA